UGACAACUCGCUGAAUAUACUGACGUAUACGAAACGUCAAAGUAAUGUGGGAAAUGUCAACCCGUUUCUCUUUCUCUAUAUCCGGUCAGCCAUAAGACCUCCACCAAGAUGAGGAAAAUUAUGAAACAAGGUAAAAUCGUAAUAGUCCUUAGUGGACGUUACGCCGGUCGCAAGGCCAUCAUUGUGAAAACAUCUGAUGAUGGUACACCGGAAAAACCAUUCGGACAUGCGCUCGUCGCUGGCAUCGAUCGGUAUCCACUCAAAGUGACCAAGAAGAUGGGCAAGAACAAGUUGAAGAAGAAGUCUAAGAUUAAGCCUUUCUUGAAAGUAUUGAACUACAACCAUUUGAUGCCCACCCGUUAUGCCGUGCACGAUAUCUCCUUUGAGAAAUUGUCGCCAAAGGAUCUUAAAGACCCCGUUAAGAAGAAGACACAUCGCUUCCAAACGCGUGUUAAGUUUGAAUCCACCUACAAAGAGGGCAAGAACAAAUGGUUCUUCCAAAAGCUGCGUUUCUAAGCUUUAUUACUGGAUUACUUAUAACUAUUUAAGUCCCUUUAAUUUUUGUACAUUUAAAAACAUAAUUUUAUAUGUUUUAAUUGUGUGGAUAGAAGCCGAAAAGAUGGAAGUGAUACAAAAGAUAGAAUGUUGAAAUAAAAUCGUCGACAGCCUAAAUAAAGUGUUUCUUAAAACUAAAA